AUGACUAAGCCAAUCAUACCAAAGGUAAAUGAUGAGUUCGAAUCUUUAGAAGCUUUCAAAGAUGCUGCUAAAUCAGCUGCUAAGUAUAGAGGGUUUGCUUUUUCAAGAAAAGAUAGCAACCUUACUAGAUGUAAUGGCAAGUCACCUUUUGUUGUUUUACAAUGCAUGAAAGGUGCAGCUGUUAACAAGUCUAUGGAUAGUGAAAUGAUUUUUUCAAAGAAUAUUAUUAAUAAACGUGCUCGUAUUAGACUUGCUUUGAAUGAAGAAGUAGCUAAAUACGCUGCUAAGUGUCCUGAGGUUCUUAUUGUGGACUCCACAUAUCAAACCAAUAUCUAUAAAUAUCCUCUUAUUAGUGCAGUUGGUAUUAAUAAUAUUAGUAAUAAAAGAGGGGCAUUAGCAUCAUAUCAAAUUGCAAUAGCCUGGAUUGAAGAUGAAAAAAAAGAAGAAGAAAUUCUUCAGUCUUUGAAUACUAUUAAAAAAGCUGCAAAAAAAGCACACUCUCCUGAAAAAAUUGAAUUAUAUAUUCAAACGUGGAUGAAAGAUUUAAAAAUGUAA